CCUCCAGUUGGCUGUCUCAGAGCAACCAGAAUGAACUCAGUAAAACUUAGAGCUGACCACCACACACCCAGCUUAAGACCCCCAGUGGCCCUCCUACUGGCCUCAGAAUAAGGGGAUGCUGCUGUGCAAAUAUUCAUGAGGAUGAAGGCUUAAGAGCACUGUGAACCCAAGGCAAAGCGGAAGAGGCGGCCCGGAACCGGAAGUGCGGCAGGGAUUUAGCGGCGUCUCAGUUGCCAUGGAGACUGGAAGGCGAGAGCUGCAGUCCGCAGAGUCUGGGUCCUACGCGUUCGCGGGGGCAACGUGGACGCCAACCCAGCGUCUGGCCCGGAUCCGUAGCCCCAGCCAGUGCACCUGGUUGUCGUCCAUUGCCUACUCCGAGUCCUUUCACCACGAUUUCGGGGCCCGGCCCGGUCGCAUCGCGCCGCUUGAGCUUCCGCCGCUUCCCGAGCCGCACCUGCUGCGUCUGCGCCCCACCUCGCUGCGCACCCAAGAUAUCUCGUACUUGCUCACCGGCGUCUUCCGUAACCUGUACACUUCCGAGGUGAUCGGCGAGGAGGUGAGCGCAAAUUUGAUCAAGGCCCGCGGCAGUGAGGAUGCGAGGCACGAGGAGUUCGUGGACCAGCUGCAACAGAUUCGGGAUCUCUAUAAGCAGCGACUGGAUGAGGUUGAAAUGUUGGAGAGACAUAUCAUUCAGGCCCGUGCCCGGGCUCUUGCGGAGAAAGAGCGGGCCAUGCACCAGGCCAAAGUACAGGUCCUUGAGCCCUUCAUCAAGAUGCCUCCAGUGAAAACCAUCUUCAGAUGGUGUGUGGAUAAUGAGCUGCUACAGAAGCAUCAUUUGAUCUGCCCAGAUGAUUACUACAGCGAUACUGUACCAUUUUGCUCUGCACCUAAAGGCAUAUUUGUUCCUGGAUAUUCAAAACCGACAUUUAGUUGUGAGCAACGUUCUGUCCCAAAGAAGGAACUGAACAAGAAGCUUGCGUGCAGGAAGACACUCUCGCAAUCUGAAGACGAGAUGGACUUCACUAUAGCCAGCCUAACAUGGGACUCAUCUUUUAAGGCCAAACUCAGGUCCAGAGAAAGUGUCAAGAAAACAGGUUCAGCAAAGAAUAAAAACUGGAUGAACCAUUUACGUGCACCGCAGAGACAGCUGGAGCGGCUUCUGCUCACCAGAAUGGAGAGUCGGAACCACUUCCUGAAAAACCCUCGCUUUUUCCCUCCUAAUACUCCAUUUGGAGGCAGGUCUCUUCUCUUUCCUCCAAAGAAGCCAGCACUGAGAGGAAAAUUCCAGAAUGGAGAGCUGGAACAGAGUUGUGCUGAUACGCCAGUGUUUCUAGCUAAGCCAUCAAUUGGAUUUUUCACAGAUUAUAAAAUUGGACUGGUUUAUGAGAUGGUGAUCUCGCUGCAGAACACUACGUCCACCAGCCGCCACCUGCGAGUCCUCCCACCGUCCACGCCCUACUUCGCUCUGGGAUUGGGAAUGUUCCCAGGAGAAGGUGGAAUGGUGGCUCCAGGGAUGACCUGCCAGUACAUCGUCCAGUUUUUUCCCGACUGCCUUGGGGACUUUGAUGACUUUAUUUUAGUGGAGACCCAGUCAGCUCACACACUUCUGAUCCCCCUGCAGGCUCGGAGGCCACCCCCAGUGCUGACGUUGUCACCAGUGUUGGACUGCGGUUACUGCCUCAUUGGGGGAAUGAAGAUAGCCAGAUUCAUCUGCAAGAACGUGGGCUUCAGCGUGGGCAAGUUCUGCAUUAUGCCUAAAAAGAGCUGGCCGCCGUCGAGUUUCAGGUCUGUUGCAACCGUUGGCUUCAUUGAGCAACCUCCCUUUGGAAUCCUGCCGUCAGUGUUUGAGCUGGCCCCGGGGCAGGCCGUGUUCAUGGAGAUCCUGUUCCUCCCCACCAGCCUGGGAAAGGCAGAGCAGACCUUCAUCAUCGUGUGUGACAACUGCCAGAUAAAGGAGCUGGUGACCACAGGAAUCGGGCAGCUGGUUGCUCUGGAUCUGAUCUAUAUUUCUGGUGAAAAAAGUCAGCCAGAGCCUGGAGAGCUCACAGACCUAACAGCCCAGCACUUCAUACGCUUCGAGCCUGAAAACCUUCAGGCCACAGCCAGCAAACUGCUGAUUAUUAGAAAUGCCACGCACGUGGAGCUGGCCUUCCACUGGCAGAUUAUGAAGCCCAACCUGCGGCCCCAGAUGGCCAGGGGGAGCUACACCAUGGACAGCAUCACGUACCACCCUGACAAGGAGACAGCCUUCUCCAUCACGCCCCAGACAGGCGUUCUCAACCCCCACGCGGACCACGAGUUCAUGCUGAGCUUCUCUCCUCAUGAGCCGAGGGAUUUUCACAGUGUGCUGCAGAUGGUGCUGGAGGAAAUCCCGGAGCCCACGAGUUUGGAUUUGGGAAACACGAAGCACCCUUCAUACUCCAUGGAUGACGUGAUCGUCCUAGAAAUCGAGGUGAAAGGCUCGGUGGAACCCUUCCACGUUUACCUAGAACCGUAUGCCCUCAUCAUCCCCGGGGAGAACUACAUUGGCAUAAACGUGAAGAAGGAUUUUAAGAUGUGGAACAAAAGCAAGUCAGCCAUCAGAUACGCAUGGGGAAAGAUCAGCGAUGGCCACAUCAUUGAAGUGGAGCCCUGCAUGGGGACCAUUGAGCCCAAUGAGGUCGAGGAUUUUGAGUUGAACUUUACUGGGGGUGUCCCCGGCCCAACAAGCCAGAACCUGAUGUGUGCAAUCCAAGACUCACCCUCACCGGUGGUGUUACACAUCGAGGCAGGCUUUAAGGGACCUGCCCUCGUCAUCGACAUCUCAGCCCUUCAGUUUGGGUUGCUGCGCCUGGGGCAGAAAGCCACAAACUCCAUCGAGAUCCAGAAUGUCAGCCAGCUCCCAGCCACAUGGUACAUGAAGGAGAGCCGGCUCUGCCUGGAGGAAAGGCACGAGGCUGCGUCUCCUUUUGACAUCGAGCCCUCCAGUGGCCAAGUUCAGCCGCUGGGCGAGUGCAGAGUGAACAUCACCUUGGAGGCCCGACGUUGCCAGCGUCUGCAGACUGUCCUAGAGCUGGAGGUGGUAAAUGGAGCCUGGAGCUACCUUCCUGUGUAUGCUGAGGUGCAGGAGCCCUAUGUGUAUCUCCAGAGCAGCCAGGUGCAGGUCACCAACCUCUACGUGGGCAUGCCUGCCAAGGCGACCAUCACACUCAUCAAUGGCACGCUGCUGCCCACAAGGUUCCAUUGGGGCAAGCUCGUAGGGCUCCAAGCCAGCUUCUGCAGAGCCAAAGUCUCCCCCAGACAUGGCAUGCUGGGCCCCAGUGAGGAGUGCCAGCUCAGCCUGGAGUUGACCACUCACACCCAGGAAGAGUUGAGGGAUUUGGCCCUCCCUUGUAACGUGUCAGGCAUGAAGGAGCCUCUGGUUCUGGGCAUUUCUGGGAAACCCCAGGGACUACAAGUGGCCAUCGCCAUCUCCCCAGAGGACUCUGGCAGCAGUGUUCCCAGCAGAGAGCUGUGGCCAGGCCACCCGGAGAGGCUGCACCUGGACUUUGGCUCGACAGUGCCGUUGAGGACCCGCGUGACUCGCCAGCUCAUCCUGACCAAUUGCUCCCCGAUACAGACCCCUUUCACCCUCAAGUUUGAGUACUUCGGGAGCCCCGGAAUCAGCCUGAGCCAAAAACCCAGGCUCCCCGACAUGCCUCCUGCCCUGCUGAGGACAGCUCGGAUGCGUGAGCUCUUGGCCAAGCGUGAGCAGCUGGAGUUUAUGGAAAGCAUGUUGUCUCAUGGGAAAGGCGCUGCCUUCUUUCCCCACCUCUCCCAGGGCGUGCUGGGGGCCCAUCAGCAGCUCAGCAUCGACAUCACAGCCUGUGCAAACAUGUGGGGCGAAUACUGGGACAACCUCAUCUGCACGGCAGGAGAUUUGCCGCCAGCUGUCAUCCCGGUGCACAUAGCGGUGGUGGGUUGCCCCAUCAGCUCCCAGAGGCCCACCUUCUACACUGCUGACUACUUCCAGAAGGAGCCUGUCAUCAGGUUCGGCACCCAGAUGUCUGGAGGAGACACAGUCACCCGGGCCCUUCGCCUGAAUAAUUCCAGCCCCUGUGACAUCCGCCUGGACUGGGAGACCUACAUUCCAGAAGACAGGGAGGACUGGCUGGUGGAGCUGCUGGUUUUCUACGGGCCGCCCUUCCCACCACGGGACCAAGCUGGGAAUGACCUCUUGUGCCCUGAGACCGCUGAGAGCAGCAGCUCCUUUGGAUCUCCAGGUCCCUCCAAUGUGUCUGAGUCCAGCCACGAAGCUGCCCAGUUUGCUGAGGGCAGCUCCAGUGCUAGUGCCUCCAAGAUCAUCUCAGUGGUCCUGCAGGAGCAUGACGGGGUGCCCUCUGCCCACCUGUUCUCCAUCAGCCCCAAGCAGGUGGUGAGUCGGGGUGGGGCUGGUGGGGGCCAGGAGGCAUGGACAGUUCUGAGGCCACUGUGUCUGGACCAGGUGGUCCCUGCCGGGGGCAGCAGCACCAUCCACAUCUCCUUCACACCUGUGGUCCUCGGCCCCACUGUCCUGCACAAGGUGGAGUGUAUUGGCUAUGCCCUGGGCUUCAUGAGUUUGGAUGACGAGAUGGAGAGGGAACUUCCGGGGAGGAGGCGCCGCCUGCAGGACUUCGAGGUGGGACCCAUGAAGCUGGAUCUGCACAGCUACGUGAGGCCUGCACAGCUAAGCGUGGAGCUGGACUACAGCGGCAGUGUGGAGUUCCAGCAGCAGGCCAGUGACCUCAUCCCUGAGCAGCCCUCUUCUGGGGUGCUGAGUGAGCUGGUGACCACCCACCACCUGAAGCUGACCAACACAACAGAAAUCCCACACCACUUCCGGCUCCUGGUCUCUAAGCCCUUCUCCGUUUCUCAAGAUGGGGCGAGCCGCAGCCACAGGGCUCCUGUCCCCGGCUGGAAGCAGGAGUGCGAGGAGGAGACGGGCAAGCAGCUGGUCCUCUACCCACAGGAGAACAUGCUGGUGAACGUGUCCUUCUCACUCUCCCUGGAGCUACUCUCCUAUCAGAAGCUCCCAGCUGACCAGAUGCUGCCCGGAGUGGCAAUACAGCAGAGCGCGAAUGGAGAGAAAGAAAUGGUGUUCACUCAGAAUCUGCUUCUGGAGUACACCAACCAGACCACUCAGGUGGUGCCCCUGCGGGCUGUUGUGGCCGUGCCCGAGCUGCAGCUCUCCACCAGCUGGGUGGACUUCGGGACCUGCUUCGUGAACCAGGAUCAGGUCCGGGAGGUCUACUUGAUGAACCUGAGUGGCUGCCGGAGCUACUGGGCUGUGCUGACAGGUCAGCAGGAGCCAGACAAGGACCCUGUGGCCUUCAGGGUCUCCCCAAGCAGUGGGCUGCUGGAGGCACGACUGGGCAACGCACCCCCAACCUCCAUCACCCUCCAGGUUUCCUUCACUGCCAGGAGCUGUAAACUGUACAAGUCCACGUUGGUGGUGGAAGGUGUGCUUGGUGAGAAAUCCUGCACCCUGAGGCUCAGGGGUGAAGGCUCUUACGAUGAGAAAUAUGAGUCACCCCACCAGCUCUAGGCCCUACCCCCAUCCCAGAAAUAAACACACUGAGAGCUACAA